CCGCUGAAACCGCGCUUCACCGAGAAACGAGGCGUGUCGAGGAGAAGAGAAGCGUCCAUAGACUGCGACGACAAGACCAAACAAAGGGGACGCGGAGGACGCGACGACCGUCAAUGAGCAUAGGUUGUCAAUCGCUUACCAUCGCGCAUAGGAAGUAUCGAUGCCGAUGGGACGCGCUCGCAGGAGGUGAGCCGGAUAUCUUUGUCUACCAUGACCUCACUGGACUGCCACGACGCCUGAGCUCACCCUAUGUGCCUCACGCGAGAUAAUCGCGAGGCGCCUCGCUGCACCGUCAAUCAUGCGAUCCCAAGCUGCAUGUCUAAUCAGCAGCCCUUCCUUCUGCAGCCGCCGCUACUCAUGUUGUCUAAUCAUCACCUCAAUGCAACCUUCAUGUCUAAUCACCCUGCACUCGCGUGUGUCUUGUCUAAUCACUGGUUCGACGUUAUUACGGUUCAUCGCCGCGCGUCUCGCUUAAUGCGCUGCCUGGGUCGCCUCGGAAUUGCCGCUUACGCCCUGGUCUGCUGGCACGGCGCUGCCUUGCGUCGGCGCUACGACCCGACUCGUGCAUGCUUUUGUCUCGACGCGUGCGCGCCCUUGUCUCCCAACUCGCAUUGCCUUUGUCCUGAUUCGCCCGCGCCUUCUGAGUCGAGCCACCGUACGUGCACUCCCCCGCGGCGGCGCGCCGUGCGUCCUCUCGGCGGUCGUGACUCACGGCCAUUCCGACUCGUGUCUGCAUCCGCCGCGCUCGUGUGGACCCUCUGUGCUGCCGCUCCCUCUGUGAGGCGCCCCUGCUGUGCUCGAGCUUCCUCUUCUGGUGUAAUGGCUCGCGCGCUUGACUCCUUGGUAUGGCGCAGUGACUCCCUCUGACACACAGCUCUCGUCUUCUUGUCUGCGCGCACAGCACCAACGAUGUCGCCGCGCCACCCGACUUUCAUGCGCGCACCCUGCCCUUCAUGGAGACGGUGCCCACAACUACAGCAUACGAGUAUACAGAAUGCACGGUCCAUCGUCUUAGGCUCCCGGUCCUCGGCGCGCCCAUGCAUGUACUACGAGUAUGCCUUCGGACGCCCAC